AUAUAUAUAUAUAUACAUGCAUGUGUGUGUGUGUAUAUAUAUAUAUAUACACACACACACAAAUACAUAUGCAAGGAUGAAUGGCACUUUCAUACAAAUGUAUAUAUGUGUGUAUAUAUAAACAUAUACACACAUGCAUAUAUAUAUAUAUGUAUAUAUAUAUGCAUAUAUAUAUAUAUGCAUGUGUUUAUAUAUUUAUAUAUAUGCACAUAUACAUAGAACGAAUGGCACAUUUACAUACACAUGGUGUGUGUGUGUAUAUAUAUAUAUAUAUACAAGCAUAUAUAUAUAUAUUCACACACAUACAUAUGCAAAGGAUAAGUGGCACACUUACAUGUGUAAAUAAUGAAUGACACACAUACACGUGUGUGUGUAUAUGUAUAUGCAUAUAUAUAUAUAUGCACACAUAUAUGCAUGUGUAAAUAAUGAAUGGCACACUUACAUACACGUGUGUGUAUAUAUAUGCACAUGCAUAUAUAUACAUGGCACACUUUCAUACAACUAUAUAUAUGUGUGUGUGUAUAUAUAUAUAUAUAUACACACACAUAUGCAUAUAUAUAUUUAUAUACACACAUAUACAUAUGCAAAGGAUGAAUAGCACACUUACAUGGUGUGUGAGUAUAUAUAUGCACACAUAUGUAUAUGCAUAUAUAUAUACAUGCAUAUACAUAUGUAUACACACAUGUAUAAAUAUGUUCAUAUAUAUGAUAUAUAUGCAUGUACAUGUGUGUGCAUAUAUAUACAUGCACACCAUGUGUAUGUAAGCGUGCCAUGCAUAUAUGUGCAUGUGCAUAUACAUAUAUAUGCAUAUACAUAUGUGUAUAUAUAUAUGUGUGUAUAAAUAUGUUCAUAUAUAUAAAUGCAUAUAUAUGUAUAUGCACAUGCACAUAUAUGCAUAGGCAUAUAAAUAUAUAUACACACAUGCAUAUAUAUAUAUACAUACAUACACACACUUAUAUAUAUAUGCAAAGGACAAUUCGAUGUACUUAGCACUUGAGAGCGGGGCGCACUAUGUCUCCCUCCAAAGAGAAAUCUAUAAGUCCCUCCCGUUCCGCAUUGAAUGAAUGUACCCACUUCUUGCACUAGGGUCUGCCAGCGAACAGCUUGGUGACGGGUUCGGGGUCCGGCGUAUUGAUUUGCACCCCUUUUUAUUUUUGCACACCCCCCAAAAAUUAUAUAUAUAUAUAUAUCUGUAUACCCCCGAAAUGGUGACCUGGCUACCUUGCAAAAGGAGACCCUCGAGAGCAAUAUUCUAUGUAUUUAAGAGAGGAUGUGAUAUAUAUAUAUAUAUGUGUGUGUGUAUAAUGAGAAUAAUAUAUUCCCUUGCGGGCGUCUUCCUUCGCUUGACAACGUGCCUUCAAACUUGAACCUUUAGCUACUUGAAAUGCAGAACAGCUUCCCGUCCUCUUCCUUUAACCCUUUAACCGUUUGCCCCUCCCCAACCCCCCCCCCCCCAAUUAUUGAUUAUUGAUCAUCGGCCCCAAUGCACCCCCAUCUGUCCCCUCCCGUUGCAGAAACCCCAUGUCGUCUUAUUCUUCGCAAAGGUGGGAUCCCCGGGGACCGUUUUCCACUGAGGCUGUUUGGCAAUAAGAAUAAUAAUAAUAAAACAACCAAGAGAAAGCAAGGGAUGGUUGUGGUUGUGGUUGUUGUUGUUGUGUCGAUUCACAACCCUUUCCCUUGGGGGGGGGGGUUUCUUGAUGUGCUUUGCAAAGCCCCCCAACAUGUCAGGGGCAGAAAGCCAGGCAUAAGGAGGCAGUUGGAACAUCCGAAAGGGAGAAAAUAAGUAGUUGGGGAAGGUAGUUAGGAAGGAGGUAAGUGAGUAGUUGGGGAAAGUAGUUGGGAAGGAGGCAAAGCUAUUGGGAAGGAGGUAAAGUAGUACUUGGCAAAGGUAGUUGGGAAGGAGGCGAAGCUAUUGGGAAGGAAGUAAAGGGGUUGGGAAGGAGGCAAGUAGUUGGGGAAAGUAGUUUGGGAAGGAGGUAGAUGAGUAGUUGGCGAUGAUAGUUGGGAAGGAGGCAAAGCUAUUGGGAAGGAGGGAAAUGAGUAGUUGGCAAAGGUAGUUGGGAAGGAGGCAAAGCUAUUGGGAAGGAGGUAAAGGUGUUGGGAAGAAGGUAAGUGGGUAGUUGGGGAAAGUAGUUGGGAAGGAGGUAAAGGGGUUGGGAAGGAGAUAAGUGAGUAGUUGGGGAAAGUACUUGGGAGGGAGGCAAAGCUAUUGGGAAGGAGGUAAAUGAGUAGUUGGCAAAGGUAUUUGGGAAGGAGGCAAAGCUAUUGGGAAGGAAGUAAAUUAUUAGUUGGCAAAGGUAGUUGGGAAGGAGGCAAAGCUAUUGGGAAGGAGGUAAAGGGGUUGGAAAGAAGGUAAGUGAGUAGUUGGGGAAAGUAGUUGGGAAGGAGGCAACGCUACUGCGAAGGAGAUAAAUGAGUAGUUGGCAAAGGUAGUUGGGAAGGAUGCAAAGCUAUUGGGAAGGAGGUAAAUGAGUGGUUGGCAAAAGGUAGUUGGGAAGGAGACAAAGCUAUUGGGAAGGAGGUAAAGGUGUUGGGAAGAAGGUAAGUGGGUAGUUGGGGAAAGUAGUUGGGAAGGAGGUAAAGGGGUUGGGAAGGAGAUAAGUGAGUAGUUGAAGAAAGUAUUUGGGAAGGAGGCAACGCUACUGGGAAGGAGAUAAAUGAGUAGUUGGCGAAGGUAGUUGGAAAGGAGGCAAAGCUAUUGGGAAGGAGGUAAAGGGGUUGGGAAGAAGGUGAGUAGUUGAGGAAAGUACUUGGGAAGGAGGCAACGCUAUUGGGAAGGAGAUAAAUAAGUAGUUGGGGAAAGUACUUGGGAAGGAGGCUACGAGGUUGGAAAGGAGGUAAAUAAAAUGGAUAGUUGAGGAAUGUAGUUGGGAAGGAGGCAAAGCAUUGGGAAGGAGGUAAAUAAGUAGUUGUGGGAGGCAAAGCUAUUGGGAAGGAGUAAAUGAGUAACCGGGGAAAGUAGUUGGGAAGGAGGCAAAACUAUUGGGAAGGAAGUGAGUAGUCGGGGAACGUAGUUGGGAAGGAGGCAAAGCUAUUGGGAAGGGGUAAAGGAGUUUGGAAAGAAGGCAAAGCAAUCGGGAGGAGAUAGUUGGGGAAGGUAGUUGGGAAGGAGGCAAAGUUAUUGGGAAGGAGAUAAAUGAAAUGGGUAGUUGGGCACAGUAAGUUGGGAAGGAAGAAUAAUUAUUGUGAAGGAGGUAAAAAAAGUAAUUAAAAGGAGGCAAAGCAACUGGGGAGGGAAAUAAGUAGUUGGGGAAAGUAGUUGGGAAGGCGGCAAAACAAUUGGGAAGGAGGUAAAUAAGUAGUUGGGAAGGAGGCAGAUUAAUUGGAAGGAGGUGAAGUAGUUGGGAAGGAGGCGAAGUAAUUGGGGAGGUGGUGAAGUAGUGGAGAAGGAAGCAGGAUAGUCGGGGAGGAGGCAAAGUGAUAGUUAGAAAAAAGGCGAAGGAGUAUUGGAAAGGAGGCAAAGGAGACGAACUGAUGCAACAUAAGUAAUAGCUGGGAAGGAGGCAAGUAGUGGUUGGAAAGGUAUCAGAAUAAAUGGAAAUCUGUCAUAUUAUUAAGUGAAAGCAAGGCUGCAGGCAUCAAAGAAACAAGCCAACACAACACUAUCAUCGGUUAAUAUCGUGACUUUUUCCACCUCCGAGGAGCAUCUCGAGUGCUCACAUUACAUGUCAAUCAUAUAUUCGUAAUAUAUCAACAGAUUGGAAAGAACUGCUUUGAUGAUGAAGGUGCAAAAGGUGUGUUUUGCAGUAGAAGAUAUUCCACAACACUCAUAUUCUAAUGAGACUCCGCCCCUCAGUUCUAGCCCCACCCACAUUCUGGCCAAGCUCUGCCCCCUUUUUAGCCCCACCCACAUUUGGGCCAAGCUCCACCCCUUACCUCAUCAUCCACACUAUAGCCAAGCUCCACCCCUUGCUUUAGCCCCACCCACAUUCUGAUUAGGUCCCGCUCCUUCCUUCUAGCCCCACCCACAUUCUGGCAAAGCCACACCCACAUUAUAGCCAGGCUCCGCCCCUUUCUUUUAGCCCCACUCACAUUGUGUUUAGGUUCCUCCCCUUAUAGCCCCGCCCACAUUCUUUCCAGGCCCCACCCACGUUAUAGCCAGGCUCCGCCCAUUGUUUUUAGCCCUGCCUAUAUUCUGAUUAGGCCCUGCCCCUUCCUUCUAGCUCUGCCCACAUUCUGGCCAGGCCCCGCCCCUUAUGUCAAGCCCCACCCACAUUCUAGCCAGGCCCCGCCUCAUGUUUUAGCCCCACCCACAUCCUAGCCAGGCCCCGCCUCUUGUUUUUAGCCCCACCCACAUUCUAGCCAGGCCCCGCCUCUUGUUUUUAGCCCCACCCACAUUCUAGCCUGGCCCCGCCUCUUGUUUUUAGCCCCACCCACAUUCUAGACAGGCCUUGCCUCUUGUUUUUAGCCCUACCCACAUUCUAGACAGGCUCCGCCCCUUACUUCUGACCCACCCACUUUCAUACAAGACCCCGCCCCUUGCUCCUAGCUCCACCCACAUUCCACAUUCUGGCUCCGCCCCCUUGGUUCUAGAUCCUGCCCGUUCGGAGUUCGGAGAUCCGAAAGGUCCGAAGAACAGAUCAACGGUGUCUUUGCCCUUUUGAUUCUGAAUUACCCUAAAUUAAUCUUACAAUCUUUGGCUUGUUUCCCUUUUCCUUCCAUCCCGAUGCCGGUCGGGUAGCCCUGUGUCCCGGGGACGAUGGGCCAGGACUUUUCCAAUGGGACUUACGAGCCGGUGAAGAAAGAGAGCAAGAAGCCCAAGCUACCCAACUCCUGCCUGAAGCAUGCGCUCGGGGCUGUCUUGCCGGGCUUCUGCAUGACCUACCUCUGGAGCCAAGCGGACGAAUUCCGGGCCACCAAGUUUUUCCUAGGAGCCAGCAUCGGGAGCCUGUUUGCCAUAGGCCUGUCCUACCUCCUGAUCUUCCCCAUGUCCAUCACCGAGGAGAACAAGAUCGACCUGGUGAGCACCAUGGCAGGUGUGGCUGCCUUUGGGUGGGCCACCUCCCCACACUUCCGCUGCGCCUCCCUUCUGGUGGUCCCCAAGUUCAUCGGCAAGGAGGGGCGCAUCUACGUCCUCACCUACGUCUUCAUGGCCAUCUACAUCGGUCCCGUGGCCAACAUCCGGCACAACCUGAACGAAGUGGUGCGCUCCAUCAGCUGCACGGUGGAGCUCCAGGUGGAGAACGCCAAGCGCUCCUGGAAGGUCUCCACCGCCCCCCUGCGCAAGAUCCUCAAGGACAUGGUGAGGAGCGGGAAGACCCUCCGGUCGGAAACCCAGGAGGUCUCCAAGUCCUUCUCGCAGCUCAACCAGCAGGUGGCCAGCAACGCCGGGUACGAGCAGCGCCCCCUGCGGGCCGCCGGGAAGAAGGGCAGGCCCUCCACGCAGGAGGCCUACGAGGCCAAGACCGAGAAGCGAUGCUCCCACAUUGUCGACAAGUCCAUUGUCCGCUGCCAGGCCUGGUUCGAGACCAAGUACCGCGCCUGCCUCCGCACCAUCGUGGUCCCCUUGGUCAGCCACUUGCUCUGCCUCCCCAUGAAGUUCAGCUUCCUCUGCCAUUUCGCCCGAAUCAUGUACACGUGGUGCCGGGACAAGAUCCCCGUGGAAGGAAACUUUGGCCAGACCUACGACCGGGUCAACGGCUCUGUGGACAACCUGAACCAGGACUUCACGGCCACCUUGGUCUACAAGGAAGACGAGCAGUCCAUGCUGAUGGGGGCCAACCUGUCGGCCCACAAGCACCUGGCGGACGACGUCAACGAGGAGCUGGCCGAGCACAGCAAGCGCCUGGCCUCCGCCGUCUCCGUCUUCCGCGUCCUGCUCUCCGCCACCUUCAUCAUCAUCUUCGCCUCGGCCUUCUCCUACACCAACAGCUACAACCAGGACAUCCGCUUUGACAAUAUCUACGUCUCCCGAUAUUUCCGGCUGAUCGAUGCUCGCCGUCGGAAGCAGAACAAGCGCACUUUGCUCCCUUUGCGCCGCGCCGAGCAGAGCAGCGUGGUGGAUCCGCUCCAACUCUCCUUCCAGUCGGCGGAAACCAAGGCCGUGAUGGGCGAGCUGUUGGGCUGCAUGCCGGCCGUGCUCUUCCUGGCCAUCACCUGCUCCCUGGACCACCUGCUCUACACCAUCUUCAGCACCAUCCGGCACCACUCCUUCGUGGAGUACUCCUUCCGCAGCAGCCACCACUUGGAGGUCAUUGUCGGUGGGGACAGCAUGAUGGCGCGACUCCUUCGGAGCACCAUCGGGGCCCUGAACACUUCCUCCGAGACGGUGAUGGAGGCCAACAACCUGGAGUGUCUCCCCGAAACCCGAGGCAUGACCCGGAAGCAGUUUCUGACCUGCGCCGUUCCGCUGGGCGCAUUGAUGGUGCUCUGCUUUGCUCAGAUCUAUGCUUUCCGGCUCCGGCGUGUCAUCGCCGCCUUCUAUUUCCCCAAGCGGGAGAAGAAGCGCAUCCUCUUCCUCUACAACGAGAUGCUGCGGCGGCGCAUGUCCUUCAUCGACGUGCAGCGCAAGCGCAUCAUCCUGCGUGCUCGCAAGCACCAGCGGCUGGCCAAGCCCCUGUCGGAGCGCCUGGGCCGCUGGUUCCCCUCCUUGCGGCGCUUCAUCCUCCGGCGCUGCAUCCUCUGCGGCCUCCCCGAGUCGCCCCGCUCCCUCCUCUGCCCCAACGAAGACUGCGGGACCCUCUACUGCCGCCUCUGCUGGCAGGACAUGGGCCAGCGGUGCUUCGCCUGCGACCCCAACGCCGUCCUCUCCGACGACGACAGCGACAGCGACGCCUCCGGGGGAUACGCCGAUUAGACCCAUUAAAAGCCUGCUUUGCUCAA